AUGAAACUUGAUGCUAUGAUUGAAGAUAUCAAGACCGAAAAGCUGUUUGGCGACAUAUAUGGAGAUAUUUUCAGAGUUCAAUGCAAGUAUCCAGGAGUAUCACUGACGUUUCACGUGGAUUCUGGUUCCAACCCCAACUAUUUUGCAUCUCUGAUCGAAUACGAAGGAGGCGAAGGAGUGGUGAGUAGCAUAGAGCUGAAGCAAGCUUUGGACUCGGAUUCAUGGCUUCCCAUGCAAGAGUCUUGGGGUGUAGUGUGGAAGCUUAACGACGCUUCUGGACUAAAGGCGCCAUUCUCCCUCAAACUCAUCGACGACUCCGGCAAGACUCUCGUCGCCAACAACGUCAUUCCGGCCGGUUGGCAGCCCGGAAACACCUAUCGAUCUGCUGUCGGUAAUUUUGUUUGA